CUCGGGCCUGCCUCGGCCACGUGGACGACUCGCCCAGCCCCUGGCCAGCCUGCAGGGGCACCGAGCACCUCCUUCCCGUGGCAAGCCCAGAGCUGAAGCGCUGCAGCAUGGCGCGCGGCUGCCUCCAGGGCGUCAAGUACCUCAUGUUCGCCUUCAACCUGCUCUUCUGGCUGGGAGGCUGCGGUGUGCUGGGCGUUGGCAUCUGGCUGGCUGCCACGCAGGGGAACUUCGCCACCCUGUCCUCCUCCUUCCCCUCCCUGUCGGCCGCCAACCUGCUCAUCAUCACUGGCGCCUUCGUCAUGGCCAUAGGCUUCGUGGGCUGUAUCGGGGCCAUCAAGGAGAACAAGUGCCUCCUGCUCACGUUCUUCGUGAUGCUGCUGCUCGUGUUCCUGCUGGAGACCACCAUUGCCGUCCUCUUCUUCGCCUACACUGACAAGAUUGAUAGGUAUGCCCAGCGAGACCUGAAGAAGGGCCUGCACCUGUACGGCACACAGGGCAACGUGGGCCUGACCAACGCCUGGAGCAUCAUCCAGACUGACUUCCGCUGCUGCGGCGUCUCCAACUACACUGACUGGUUUGAGGUGUACAAUGCCACGCGCGUGCCCGACUCCUGCUGCCUGGAGUUCAGCGAGAGCUGUGGGCUGCACGCACCCGGCACCUGGUGGAAAGCGCCCUGUUACGAGACGGUGAAGAUGUGGCUUCAGGAGAACCUGCUGGCUGUGGGCGUCUUCGGGCUGUGCACGGCGCUGGUGCAGAUUUUGGGCCUGACUUUUGCCAUGACCAUGUACUGCCAGGUGGUCAAGGCGGACACCUCCUGUGCGUAGGCUGCCUGUCACCUCGCUUCUCUACCAAAGGCCGCCACCCCCCAGGACAUGGCCACACACCCACUUUUCCCACCACAGGACUCGGUGCUGCACCCUGGCUGGGCUCUCGGUGCACCUGCGCUGAGCAGGUGCCUGCAGCCCCCAGGAAUCCUGUCCCUGGAAGGCCCUGGGGUCUCUGCACCAGCGGAGGGGCGGCCAAGCGCUGGCUGCGGUACCCAAGGCUGGGGGGCGGGAGGGGCUACCAGCAGUUUUUAUACCUAUGUAUCCUCCAGAGCAGUGCUCACACAGGAUGGGGCGGCCAAGCUGUGGUCCCCAGCCUCCCACAGACACUGGGUGGGGUGCAGGGGCUGGAUCUCAGCCGCCCUCAGGCCGCUCACUGGUCCUGGUGCUCCAGGCGGGGCACAGGCCCCGUCAUCCACAUUCCGGCGGUGCCCGGGCUCCAGGUGCAUCUCAAUAAAGAGUGUGA